UUCUUUCCCCUCUCUUUCCACGCUUCAAAGACGAGGUAUAGUAGAAGAACAACGCACACACUCACAUAAAGAGUUAAGUUUUUGUCCUCCAUCUCGUCCGCUUUGCCCUUCUUCCUCUCUAGGCGCCGGCCGAGGCGCAGAUCCACGCGCUUGGUUUGGAAGAUUGGAAGAUUUCUCUCCUUGCUCUCCGGCGUCGGUUGCAAGCAAUCCAGCUCCAGUGACAGAUCUAGGUCACGGCAUUGGGGAAUUUCUUGGAGCAAUGCAAUGCAGUAGCUCCCGCGAGGAGGAGGAGCGGCAGUGGGGUAGGUUUUGGUUUCUAGGGGAAUAAAUGCGGGAGGAAAGAAGAGGCGCUUGGCUGGUUCUUGCUUAGCAGAGCGAGGGAGAAGAAAGAAAAAAAAUCUCGAAGGAAAGGGGCAAGAGGAGAAUCAUGAGCACUUCAAGAUUUAUCAAGUGCGUUACCGUCGGAGAUGGUGCGGUGGGCAAGACUUGCAUGCUCAUUUCAUACACGAGCAACACUUUCCCCACUGAUUACGUUCCCACUGUUUUUGAUAACUUCAGCGCCAAUGUGGUUGUCGAUGGCAACACUGUCAACCUUGGGCUCUGGGACACUGCUGGUCAAGAAGAUUACAACCGCUUGAGGCCCCUCAGCUAUAGAGGAGCCGAUGUUUUCCUCUUGGCCUUUUCCCUUAUCAGCAGGGCCAGCUAUGAAAACAUCUCGAAGAAGUGGAUUCCGGAGCUGAGACAUUAUGCUUCUACCGUGCCUGUCAUCCUUGUGGGUACAAAGCUGGAUCUCAGGGAUGACAAGCACUUCUUUAACGAUCAUCCGGGUGCUACAGCUAUUACCACUGCACAGGGCGAAGAGCUGAGGAAGCAAAUCGGGGCGGCUGCCUACAUCGAGUGUAGCUCAAAGACGCAGCAGAAUGUGAAAGCUGUGUUCGACGCGGCAAUCAAGGUGGUGUUGCAACCUCCAAAGCAGAAGAAACGAAAGAAGAAGCAACGGGGCUGUACAGUGCUGUGACGCCGGGACACACAAAACAGAAGCGAAGGGGGUGCAAUAAUCCUUAAGGCGACAAACAACUAUCUAUGAAACUGGUACUAUCCACCAGAUACCAUUAACUAACUGUGGUCUUCAAUUCUUUUGAGGAGGAGAGAGCAGAGACAAAAACAAAGCAUGGUCAGUAAGAGUUUGUACCUACUGGAAGAGAUCUACGGAAAUUCAAGUUUGAUGGUUUUUCGUGUGUAA